AUUGUCGAAAAUCAUUGUAUACUCUGUACUAUAUAUUCUUCUUAUGCCCUGAAAGAAUGGCAUAGUAAGCUCGAAGCUAUUUUUGUUCUGGAUACUCUUCUCAACUCUUCCCUCUAUACCACCAUAUAUGGAACUAGUAUAGCAUUCUUCCCCUCCACCACACCCAACUACUAUCAGAUCCAAUACCGGAACCUAUGAUCCAAAUGUACCAACCAACAUCAUGCCUCAUGCUACACAUCAUCCUCCCCUUGAUGGAGAGGAUAUGGCAAUGAAUGCCUCCCUCCAAGAAGCCCUCUCCUGCACCAGCUGCACAAUCACCCGCAUCCCCAAGGACAUCUACUAUGAAGAUCGCAUAAAAGGCAUCUACGAUGUCUCUCGCGAUCCACCGUUCCUGAUCCCAGGCCUCACCACCACCACAGAAGACAAAGAAAUACCACCCGACGAAAUACCCCCAGCCCCUAAAGAAGGCAAAGGUAAUAAACAAGAGCAAUCACCAACAUACACACACCUCCUCACACCAACCCAAGAACAAUCCUACAACACCCAACUCCAAAUCUACCUCAGCCACGACCCGACAAACGACCACAAGUUCGCAAAAUACCUCGUGGACUACCACAUCCACAUCCAUUACCUUCUGCGGCGCAGCAUGCUAGGUCUCUGUCGGGACGUGGCCGAUCUAUACGAAAUGAAAGAUUGGAUGAAGAGGAUGCAUCCCGUCAACCAUGAGGAUGAGGCACCUGUCAGUGCUGCUACUGGCAUUUACACUCCCCAGCCCCAACUCGGACCGUCUCAGAAUCUCUAUUCUCUGAGAAGUCAGAAUUACCGCAAACGUCACAGUCGACAACAACAAUCCUAUCAAUCUCCCUUCUACCAACCACAGAGACAACACCUCCCCCGCUCAUCACUCUCAUCCUCCGUCUCAUCAUCAACAGAAGAUGACCGCCCAAGCGACUGGCCAGGCGACUCGAACCGACAGAUGAAAUAUCAAGUGAAACUAUGGGAUAAAGGCGCAAGAAUGAGGAGGAAGCGCUAUAAGGAGAGUCAAGCCCGGUGGGCGGUUAUACAAGAGGAGAGGGCACGACAACGGGAGAUGAUGAUGAUGAUGAUGAUGCGGAGUAGGAAUUUGCCUAGAAUUACUAGUCCGCGUAUGGUGAAAAGGGGUAGUGGUGGUGGUGUCAAAGUGAGGUUAUAUUGCUCGACGCAGGUACCAGGUGUUAGUGGUGAUGGGUUAUACUACGAUGGGAAGAGGAGGUUCUUGAGGGAGGUAGAGGUCGAGGAGAUGGCAUUUGGGGAGGUUAUUAGAUGACUAGGAG